AUGAGUAAAGACACACCUUAUCAUCUUUUAUUCAGAAAAGCCUUCAAAAAAGAUUUAGGAGAAAUCCCGAAACUUCCUAUUGAUAUGGUUGACACUAAACAAUUAGCAAUUCAUAGUGCAGAACGAAAAAAGCCAGCAACAAUUGUUUCUCGUGAUCAGUCAUUUGGAUUAACGUCGUUUAGUUUAUAUCCAAUUGUAGAAGGGAAAAAACAAGGAGAGCCUAAUGCAGAUUCACUAAAGUUUAUUCAAUUUGCUAAUUGUUCAAUUGGUAUAAUUGCUGAUGGAUGUGGAUGGGGAUUUAGGUCAAAAAAGGCUUCAUCUAAUGCUGUUUCUGGGUGUUGGGAAUCAAUUAGAAGUUCUAUUGGAAAAUGUAAAACAACACGUGAGAUUGCUACUUUAUUAGUAGAUUCAAUGGCAUCUGCUCACCUUUCAAUUUUACUUAACUCAGAUAGUUCAUUAUUAGAAACAGGUACAACAACAUUGUUAAUUUCUAUUAUAGUUACGUUACGUACUCAACAACCUUAUGCACUUGUAAUAUCAAUUGGAGAUUGUCAAGCAUUUUUAUAUUCACACGAAAUAGAACAUACAGACUCAAUAAUUGGUGAUAAUAGAAAAGGAACAGCAACAUAUGAUUGUGGAGGGGUUAUUGGACCAGCAGAAGGAAAAAAUCCAUCGUUAAGACAUGUAGAACUAAAAGGACGUUAUGUCAAAGAAAAUGAUAUUCUUCUUAUGAUGACAGAUGGAUUUCAUGAUAAUUUUGAUCCAGACAUAUGUCGUAUUACAAGUGAUAAAGAAAAUUAUGUUAAUUCGAUAAUUUCACCAAUUAUUAAACAAUCAGUCAGUAUUGGUGAUUGUGUUCAACAACUAAGUGAACAUAUUAUCAAUUUAACUGAUAAAUUAGCAGAAUUACAUUCUACCUUAAAAAGACGGUCAUGUAUUGUUUCACCUGGUAAAUUAGAUCAUUCAACAUUAUUAGUAUACAAUAUAUCAUUACAUAACAUUGAUAUUUCAAAUGAGGAUUGUUAUGUACCAAAUUAUUAUUUUAAACUUUAUGAAAAUCCUUCCCGUAUUAGUAUUUCAGUUAAUAAACAUUUAUUACCAACUACCACUCAUCUCAAACCAAAAUUAAAUGAGUCAUUAAGUCAACCAAUUACUCCUUCGUUAACACCACAUUUUCAAUUCUCUACUCCAGUUCUUACACUUUCUAAACCUACAUCCCCACGUAGGCUUCGUGCUUUAUCAAGAGAAUCAUUGAGGGCUCUUUCAUGUAAAUCAAUAUCAGAAUGUAAUCCAAAUGGUCAAUGUUUUUCUAGUUCUCCUUCUUAUUCUCCUAACUUAUCUCCAAAACAUACAGAAGAAUCAAAACAAGUUACAACAUCUUCUAAUUCUCCUACAGAACCAUAUCAUUCUUUUGUUCAAUUUUUUAUGCAACAUCAACAGAAUUAA